AUGGAGUCAAGGAGCUGCAUGAACGUGGCGUGCGCUACUUUGACGACGAUUCGGUGGCGCAAAGGCUGGCCCCUGCGAUCCGGCGAAUUCGCCGAUCUUUGCGAUAACUGCGGUUCUGCUUAUGAGCAAUUAACAUACUGUGAUAUUUUCCACUCAAAUGAUUCUGGUUGGAGAGAAUGCACUUCAUGUGACAAGCGUCUUCAUUGUGGAUGCAUUGCUUCUAUGUCUCAGCUUGAAUUAUUAGAUACUGGUGGUGUAAGCUGUAUAAGAUGUACUGCAAGCAAUGAAAAGCCUAAUGGAUCCGUGACAUCAAAGGUAAUAAAUGUCAGUGCACAGCAGUGCACUGCUCUGGCUAACCAAUUAAAUCUGAGGAGUAUGCAAGUAGGGCAUUUUGCAGAGAAUGAUGGCCUCCGAUGCUGGUUCAAACCUCCUAAUGUUGAAACAGAUGGGCCUUCUACAGAAAUAAAACCAGAAAUUUUGCCUUCUGUCGAAGAACUUGGAAGCACUUUGAUAUCACAAUUUCAUUAUGAGUCUAAUGGAUCAUCCAAGGCUUCCAAAGCAGAGAGUUGUAAGACAAACACAGAAAUGCGAGAUAUAUAUUUAAGUAUGACCCUUGCUACUCCUUUAGGAAACUCAAACCCUUUUCAUAGUUCUGUUGUUGAUGAAAGGGAACAAAGUAAAACAUCUCCACUUUUAUUGGGGUCGAGGUCUCGCCAUCUUUUACCUAAGCCCCCUAGGUCAACUAUUGGCACAGGCUUAGAAGUAAAUGCUGGCAUGGUAUCCCAGAUUCGUGUAGCAAGGCCACCUGCUGAAGGACGCGGAAGGAAUCAGUUGCUUCCACGUUAUUGGCCUAGGAUUACUGAUCAAGAAUUGCAACAAAUAUCAGGAGAGUAUCCAACAUUUUCAAAUUCCACCAUCGUGCCACUCUUUGAAAAGAUGCUUAGCGCAAGUGAUGCUGGUCGAAUUGGUCGCCUGGUUUUACCAAAAGCAUGUGCCGAAGCAUAUUUCCCUCCAAUCUCUCAACCUGAGGGCCUUCCCUUACGAAUUCAAGAUGUGAAAGGAAAAGAAUGGAUGUUUCAAUUUAGAUUUUGGCCAAAUAAUAACAGCAGGAUGUAUGUUUUAGAAGGCGUAACCCCCUGCAUUCAGUCUAUGCAAUUGCAAGCUGGAGAUACCGUAACAUUUAGCCGUAUGGACCCUGAGGGGAAACUUAUAAUGGGGUUUAGAAAGGCAACAAGUUCUACAGCAGUACAGGAAACACUACCAUCUAAUAUGCCCAAUGGUUCUCAUUCAAGUGAAACUUCCUAUUCUGGUGUUUAUGAGAAUCUACCUAUAUUAAGUGGUUACUCUGGCCUUCUUCAGUCACAAAAGGGAUGUUCAGAAACCCACCUAAAUCCGCUGUCUAAAAAAUGGAACUCUGCUGGUGGUGACAUGAAUUGGCAUAACAUUGACAUGCCAGAAAGCAGGAAAAGAGAGGGGUUGCCUUUGCCACCUGUGCUGGUUCCUGAUAAGAAAAGAACUCGGAAUAUUGGGUCAAAAAGUAAGAGGUUGCUUAUUGAUAGCCAGGAUGCACUGGAGCUGAAACUUACCUGGGAAGAGGCUCAGGAUUUGCUCCGACCUCCUCCUACUGUUAAGCCAAGCAUUGUCAUGAUUGAGGAUCACGUUUUUGAAGAAUAUGAAGAACCUCCUGUCUUUGGAAAGAGGAGUAUAUUCGUAGUUCGAUCAGCUGGGUGUUCAUGUGCUGCUCCCAAUGAAUUGAACCCAAGGGAAUUGGAUAAUCUCCUGAGGCUGAAUAAAGAAUUCAAGAAACAAAGAUUGACAGCAAGUCAGAGACCAGCCCUGGAACAUGAAUCUUCGGGACUGGAUGCUUUGGCAAAUGCAGCAAUACUUGGAGAUGAUGCAAGUGACUCUGGCAGGACACCAGUCGUUACCACCACAAAACAUCCCCGGCAUAGACCUGGGUGUUCCUGCAUUGUCUGUAUUCAGCCACCAAGUGGGAAGGGCAAACACAAACCUACUUGCACCUGCAAUGUGUGCAUGACAGUAAAACGUCGGUUUAAAACCCUGAUGAUGCGAAAGAAGAAGCGCCAAUCCGAACGUGAAGCAGAGAUUGCUCAGAGAAAUCAGUUAUCAUGGCGGACCAAGGACGAAUCAGAAGUAGACAGUACCUCACGACAUUUAACUCCAGCUGAUGGUUUGGAGAAUGAAGUAAGGGCGCCAAAUGAGUUGGACUCAAGGAGUGAAGACCAUGUGGCUGAAGCUGCCAAGGGACAAUUAGACUUGAAUUGCCAACCUGACCGGGAGGAAGCGCAAGCUGGGCCAAAUAAUGUGAGCAUGACAAGUCUUCUUGAAGAAGCAAAUCUCCCGCUGGAGACCUACCUGAAGCAAAAUGGCCUUACUAGUUUGAUAUCAGAGCAGGAAACAAAUUUAGCUUCAAAUGUACAGGCACAGACAACGAAUGAGAGUGAGGGAAGACACAAUGAGGAUUGCGGUACUGCUUCAGUUAUUCAUGAGCAGGAUAGCAGUCCCGAAGAGAACAGUGGGCAAGAUAAAGACCAAAACAAUUCACACUCGUGA